AUGUCCCGCAGGAAGGCGUCGAGAACGGCAGCUUCCCCUGUAGCUGCCGCGUCGCAUGACAGCCCCGUCUCCACCCACCCCGGUGAGCCAGCUACCUUCCAGCUGACUGUGGUCAACUCUUGCCUAUGCAACGAGGACGUGCAACUUCCUCGACUGCCGACGCCGGCGCUGCUGACCCCGUUUUACGCCCAAUACGAAUCGACCGCCGCUGCCGCCUCGCUGCGCACAACGUCUCCGUGGAAGAGCGACUACUGGUGCACGAAGGUGGCGCACGUGGCACUUGGCCGUCACUCGGCCCUUCCGGCCGCCUACAGGCUGCGGCACGAGUGUGCCGGGCGGCUUCAUGCCCGCGUCGUGUACGUGCAAGCAGCAGCCGUGCACCGGCAGCUCUACAAAGCCUACCCACCCCUGCCACGGUGCAGGCCGCAUGCGGCAACGGUUGGCGAGGUCGGGGGGGAUGACGACGUGGUAAUAGUUGAGCCGACGACACGGGGCGAUGUUGUUGUAGCAGGUCCCGCUGGCCCGCCUCCGCCGACUGCCUUCAAAGCCUCGUACUACCUUCUCAUCAACCAUAGCGAGAAUCCAAUCUUUGUGGGCCCAGACGGGGUGCCGCAGGGCCGCAGCGUGGUGCUUCGAGAGGGCGACGUGCUGAGCUUCCUCGAGUGUGCAUUCGACGAAGAUAGCGGCGUUCUCGACGAAGCUGGCGCCACCGAUGGUGGGGAUAGCGCAGAGGGGCAUUGCAGGGACACAUCAAUCGGCGCGGAGGGAGUGGAGUGUGCUGCAACGACGGUGGAACAAAUUCAACAACUCGCGGCGGAGUCCUUGUGGCGAUGCGUCGAUACAUCUGCAGCAGGAUCCGCAUCUCGGCCAUCAUCGUCGUCAACGUCGUUCACAGCCCACCAAGUGCGUGUACCUCAGGGCACCGUGGCAACACGUCGUUUCUACGAGGUGCCGCACGUAGUUCAGGAGUACAUGCGUUGGUGGCACCGUCACACAACGCAGCUUUGUGAGCAGCGCCACGUGAACAGCAGACACACCGCAUCACCCGCGACCGAGCCGAUGGGCGCUACCUUUUCCUGGAUGGUGUCCGGCAACCACCUCGUACGCGCGCCGAGUAUCGCUAACAGCGGCGUCAGAUCUGUAACGCCGGUUUGUGCCAAAGCAGAGGGUGCCUGUGACAUCUCAGCCGCGACGGUGGGGCAGCUCUCCUCCUCCCCUCCUCCUCUCUGCUCCCAACGCAGGGGGAGUCGCAGCCCGUCUCCGCUGCCCCGUAUGCAGCAGCAGCAGCACCACCGUUUCUCCGAGGACCUCUUAAAGACUCCGGCUGUCGUCACGGCGCUACGGCAGUGGUUGAAGGAUACGGAGGAUAUGGAGGAGGUGGCGGAUGAGGUGCACUCGCCACUGGCAGCGCGGCUGCUGUUGGACCGCGCAUGGCUCUGGCGCCUUGUUCGCCGCCACCAUCGGCAGCAAGCAGCGCCUCAGCUGCAGCCCUCGAGUCCCGCCGCGCGCGACGGGUUCAGUCCUUCGCUGGUGAAGCUGGAAGACAAGACGCCGACGACGACCACCACCACCGCGGGGCUGGCGUGCGCUGCGACGGUGAAAAAGCGGGAAGGCGUGGAGCCCGGCGGUACGCCCCCGCAGCUUGGCGGCUCUUCUUCUCCGCAACGCGCAUCUGACAUGAUGGAGCGCUUUCGCGUCUCUGUGCCAACGGUGCUUGACGAUUCCGUCGCCACCGGUCACGGUACGUCGCUGGCGCUCACCGCCAUGCCGUCACGUGCGGCUAGCGUGGUGCAGACAGUGCUCGAGGAGCUGCGGCAGAGUCACGGCAAAAAGAGGAGCCCUGCCAGCGAGGAGGGAACGCACGCUCUACUGCCUCCGUUGUUUCGGAAUGAGCCCAAGACGGGCACUGAAGUUGCUCGCACUGCACCAGAUGUGAGCCGGACUCUCUGCCUGGACGCCGAGCCGAUCCACGUGUACGCGGACAGCAACGCACACAGUGCAGCGAGGCCUGUGAGUGGAGAGGCAUCACAGCGGCCACUGAAGCGUCUAUCUUCCCCAGCGGUGUCUGCCGGGAUGCCGACGUGCGUGCCAGCUGUGCGCAUCAGACCGGCAAUACUUCCGGUCUACGUCUUCACUCGUCGAAGCCCAAGCCCCGACGCGUACACGCGCGAGCAGAGCUCCUUCACAUAUGCACGUUCCUUCUCCUCUCCAAGAGUGACAGGUCGCGCUAGAGGCGGUGGGGCGUCGGGGUCUACGUCGGGGCUCGGCACCGCCAAGCAGUUCGUGUACUACUACUACGAGACAGACGAUCGCCCCCCUGGCGCCGAUGCCGGCGCCAUCGAGCAUCAUCAGUCGCGAUCACGAGGAAGCACGCGGGAACACGGUGGCCGUUGGCAGAACGGUCAGCAGAGGAAGACGACCGGUGGCGGCGCAGCGAGUGAUCCUUCGCCCGCGUUGGUCGAGCCGUCGUCGCCGAUACUCACAGCAGCGGCGCUGCCUCCGCACGAGUCACACGCGGAUUCGAGCACGCACGAAGACAGCUUCCUCUGGGUCGAUGAGUCAGAGAAGGUUGAGAAGGUGCGGUGUGCUUCCACGACACGAAAACGACGGCCUGGCAAAAAGACCUCAGCUACGCGCAAGAGACGCGCCUCUGAGACGAUACCGUCGGCGGCAGAGGCGAAAGCGGCCCGUGCCGAUAGCACCUCCGUAGCAUUCGAAGCGCCGCUGCCAACGCCAACUGCGAAGUCGACGCCAUCACGGCACGCCAAGACGACUCCACGCAUCAACUCGAGGUAG